AAAGGAAAAAUGACUUCUGUUAAAUUCGCUCAACGUUUUGUGAACAAAAAUCCAAGAAAUAUGGAGAUGUGUAGAUUGUUACGAAAACCAGAUGGAUGGGAGUUUGAGAAGGACAGAAUGCGGAAAAAUUAUAUUUACAGAGUCGACUUCACCGUUACCAAAAAUUCCACAACUGCAAGUAUUGUGCAUUAUGAACGUGGCCAAGCAAUUAUUGAAGCCUCUACAAAUGAAAAAUCUGUUCGAAACCAACUUUAUAGUCCAACAGAUGUUUCGGCUGCACAAAAUAUUGGAAGAUUGUUAGCUCAUAGAUGUGCUAUGGCUGGAAUUAAAUAUAUUACUUCUGGAAUAACUCCUGAGGAAUUGGAAGGAAGCAAAAGGCGUUCUGCAUUCAUAAAAGCAUUAGAAGAAAGCGGUAUUAUUUUGUUUGAACCAGAAAGUAUUCCACAUACACACUUAAACGACCCUCAUUUAACUUGGGAACCGUUUCCUUUCAAACAUACGCGUGAUGAUAAAUUGGAUGAAUUAGAUUUGGAAUUAGAACCUGGGAAAGGUGUUUGUUAA